CUUACGAUGAGAUUGACACUCUCGAGUCUUAAUUGCUUUGUGGUUCAUGAAAUAUCCCUUUUCAGUGUGGGAAGAUAACCUUGUAUUGGCAUCUGCAUAUUUCUGGACUAUCAGUAUUGUAUUCCUGCUGAACUAUUGUUUUAUUGGAAGGAUUCCCAAAUGGAUCUUAUUAUAAAGUAGAAAAGAAAUGUGACCUUCACAUUUCACAUGUAGUAUUUAGUGAUGCUGAAGGUCUAAGGUUAUAUGGCAUCAGUUAAUCAGGGCACAGUCCCUCUUUUGGUAUUUUACUUUUGAGUCCGUUUAGUGAUUCUGAAGUUCUGAAACAGGACAUUUGUUAUUUGCUGGUCAUGGGCUAAUGCUUGUUGCAGUCUAUACGGUUUUCACUUUCUUGCCAACAGGAAUGCUUCAACCACCUGGCUAGGUUGGUCGACUUUAGAGGGCCAUUGGAUGCCACUACUAAAACUUGGUUUUGUAAAGACUAGGCUUAGCUUGGUUUUUGAGUUGUAUAUACUUGAACAAUGCCUGUCUUCCACUAAACUUUUCUAUUUUUGGUAAAAUGCUGUCCCAAGUCACUUUUUCCAAGAUCAGAUUUUUAUACAAAACCUUGUUGUGGUCAAUAUGGUUGAUAUAAAAUCCUGGUUUUGGUUAAAUUUUGUUGUCACACAAACAAGUGUAAAAACUCAUUUUUAUGGUUGUAGCAGUAUUUUUCAUCUGCAACCAAGUUCAGUCUGCUUGAGUUUCACUGAGGCAGGCCCUACGACCUUCAAGUUGGUGGAGAUUAAGAGUCCAAUUCUUUGGUGCAUCUCUUGUUAUAAAACUGCAGAGCUGCUUAAUCCCAGUUGGGCAUAAAAAAGAAACAAAAGAAAAAAAUGCCUGCACUUAAUCAUAAUUGAAGAAAAAAUACAUAAACUAGGAUAUUGGUGCAAUAUAUAGUUGAGUAUCAGGGUUGCCAUGUGUCCAAAUUUUAUAUACUAUUUAGUUUGAUUUAAUCAAGAGACUCUGUGUUAUUUUAUUUCCAAAUUUUGCUUGAGCUUUUGUGCAACUUGUAUAUUUCCAAAGUCUGCUUUUUCAUACCUUUUAUGAAUGCCGUUACAGCCGCAGUCUUAGAGAGAGAACAAUCAUCUAAUUAGUUAACCCUAUUCUCAAUAAUAAAGAGAUUAGGGCAGUGGUAGAGACUUACAAAUAGCAUCUAAUCAGGCUCAGUUUGUUACAGCAUUUAGAUGCUUGUUACACUAGGCUUGUUACAACAUUUAGAGAAUGCAGAGAUAGGUAGAGGUUUAGUAAACACAUCGGCAACUUGAUCUUUGGUGAAACGUGGAUGGUAGAGAUGUUAUUGGACUGCACCAUAGCUUUGAUGUAGUGGCAGUCAACUUCUAUAUGUUUAGUCCUUUCAUGAAAGACCAUAUUAUUUGCAAUAUAGGUGGCUGCCUUAUUAUCACAUAACAUCUUCAUUAGAAGGGGGACUUGAACACCUAAACUAGUAAGCAUGGUCUUUAUCAUUGUUAGAAUAUGUUGUUAUGGGAACCGGGUCCAUAUCUGGACCCGGUUCUAUGGGGCGCGGGUACCGAGGCGGGCUCGGUACCCUAGGCGGCUUCUCCUCUCUCCCUCUUUAUAUUGUCACUUGUGUUUAGUGUUGAAUUAAGUGAAAUAUAAUUUUCUCUCUCCUAGGGUUGCAGUGAGCCCCUAGGUCAGAGCUUCCCCGUGGUUUUUCACCUCUUUCCGAAGUUUUCCACGUAUAUUGUGUGUUCGUUCUCUACUCUCUCUUUGUGGUUCGUGUUUCUACAUGGUAUCAGAGCCACCGAAGUUGGAGAAGCGUUUUUUCCAAGGAUCGUCAAGUUUUUCCGUCGCCCGACGCCGUUGAAGUUCCGGCGCCGCUGCUGCCCGUUGCUGUGUCGUCGCCCUGCUGUGUCGUCGCCCUGCUCUGCCGCCGCCGUCCUGUGUUCCGCCGCCGCCGUCCUCUGUGCCGCCGCCGUCCUCUGUUCCACCGUCUUCUGUUGCGCCUCCGCUGUCCUCCGUUCGGCCCGUUCUUGGUUUCUGCCACCGUGGGUGGCCUCUGUGUUGCGCCGUCGCCUACCUUCCGUCGCCGCUGCCUCAUUCCCGCCGCCGUCGCCGCUGCCUCCUUCCCGUCCCGCCGCUGUGCCUCUUGUUGCUGUGUGCUUGUUUGUGAUGGCAGAAGCGAUGGGGACUCAAAAAGACGCCGUUCUUGACGCGGGCAACGCCUCCAAGACUGAGAACGUGCCGAUCCAGGUCACCUCCAUCCGUCUGACCAAGGACAAUUACCUAUCUUGGUCUGCCGCCCUCGAGAUUGGGAUUACUAGCCGUGGGCGUCUCUCUUACAUCACUGGUGACAAACCUGCGCCCAUCAAAUCUGAUCCUCAAUGGGCGACGUGGGCGUUGGAGGACAGCCAAGUGAAGGUGUGGAUUAUCAGCUCCGUGUCCUCCGAUAUCCAGCCCCUCAUUCUGCGGAAGCCGACCUCUUUUGAUAUGUGGACUGUGCUUGCAAAGAUGUAUGGUCGCAAGAAGAGACAUCUGCGCACCUAUCAGAUUAAACGCAGUAUUUACUCCCUGACACAGGGUGAUUUGUCUGUUGCUGCCUUCUAUGCUGCCCUGAAGACCAAAUGGGAGGAGCUAGAUUAUCAUGUGACUGAUGAGUGGACGUGCGGUUCAGAUCAUUCCCUCUACUGGGAAAAGGAAUGGAUGGACCGUACGUUUCUGUUUCUGGGAGGCCUGAGGGAUGAAUUUGAGUCUAUUCGUAGCCAGAUUCUUAAUGGUGAUGAGAUUCCGGGGAUAGAGGAAGUCUAUGCUCGUGUUGAGUCUGAAGAACAACGUCGCCAGGUGAUGCAUCUUGACCCCGGUCAUGGCCCUUCUGCCUUUGUCAACCGUGCCUCAGGGACUGGGCAGCGUCCUGCCCGGCAUUGCACUCAUUGCAACAAGUUGGGGCAUUCGGUGGAUUUCUGUUGGGAUCUUCAUCCCGAGAAGAGACUGGUUAGAGGUCGUCCUCCCUCUGGCAAGCGUAGCCCUUCUGUGUCUGAUUCCAGUCAGAGCAAUUCUUCUAGUGGUGCAAAGUCCAAGCUGUCCCCUGCUCAACUCAAGGAGCUACAGGCGUACAUUAGCCGCCUAUCUACUACCCCUGAGGAGUCCUCCACGUCUGAAGGGGCUCAGCUAGCCCAAGCCCUCGUUGCCUCGACUAAUCAAGGACUUGGUGACGGGGAAGAAGAUUGGGAUUGGUUCGGUUACUGAUGGGCUCUACAGGCUGCCGGUACAAGUUGCUUCAGCAUUGAUUUCUGCCACGAGUGGUCACUUGUCUGGUGUGAACGAUAGAUCUACUGUUCUGCGAUGGCACGAGCGUCUUGGACAUCUCCCCUUCCAGUUAAUAAAGAAG